GUUCUGACAAAGCUCCGGGGAUGGAAGAGGUGCCCGAAGACUCGCGGUCUUUUUCUCUCGCACGCGCGUCUUCGCUCAACCGUGACGAUCGCCUGCCCGGGGCACCCGCCUAUCCCUAAUCCAUGCAGGAACGCCCUGCGAGGGGAGCGUGGCACUUUUCCAGCGGGAGCCUUUGCGGGAAGCGGGAGGCAGCGGAGCGCUCCAAGACCCCUCGGCAAAGAUGGAGGCGCCUCGGAUGGGAAACCCCUACCUGGAAGACCCCCUGCUCCAGGGCUACCUGAGAGCCCAUCUGCCUGCCCAGGUGUUUGCCGAGGUGAACGUUGACCUGGAACGGUUCGGAGCUCGUAUGAGAGAUGAAGUUGACUUCUUGGGCCGUGAGUGUGAGCUAAACCCACCCAGAUUAUUGCAUUUUGAUGCCUGGGGACAGCGUGUGGACCAGGUGAUCACCUCCCCAGCCUGGAAGAGGCUGAAGGACAUCUCUGCUGAGGAGAACCUUGUGGCUGAAGGUUAUAAAAGGAGAUAUUCCUGUUGGAGCCGUGUUUAUCAGAUUGCCAAGAUGUAUAUUUUUAUGCCCUUUUCUGCUUCCUAUGGAUGCCCUCUAGCCAUGACUGACGGAGCAGCAAAAUCUUUAGGUAUCCCAAAACCCUUGGAGGAAGCCUAUGCUCAUUUGACAUCAAGUGACCCCAAGACAUUCUGGAUCUCUGGCCAAUGGAUGACUGAACGCAAAGGCGGCUCUGAUGUUGGAGGUGGAACAGAAACUGUUGCACGGGAACUUCCAGAUGGCUCCUAUAGCCUGCACGGUUUCAAAUGGUUCACAUCAGCGGCUGAUUCAGACAUGACGUUGACCCUGGCAAGGAUCGUGGGCCCUGAUGGGCAGAUAAAACAGGGCUCCAGAGGCCUCUCUCUCUUCUACCUGAAAACAUAUGAGGAUGGGAAGCUGAACGGCAUAAAAAUAGAGAGGCUGAAAGAGAAGAUGGGCACGAGGCCGUUGCCAACUGCAGAGCUGUUGCUGGAUGGAGCUCGAGCACAUCUAAUCUCUGCAGAAGGCCAGGGGAUAGCUUGCAUUGCCAACAUGUUGAACAUCACUAGGAUCUAUAAUACCAUCUCUGUACUUGAGAAAAUGAGAAGAAUUGUUGACCUGGCACGGGAUUACGCCACCAAAAGGGAAGCCUUUGGAAAACCCCUCAAGGAUCACCCUUUGCAUAUGCAAACUCUGGCACGAAUGGAGGUGCAAAGCCAAGCAGCGUUCCUCCUGGCGAUGGAGCUGGCGAGACUGCUUGGCCUGGAAGAAACGAAGAAGGCGACGGAGGAGGAGAAGCACAUGCUGAGGCUGCUCACCCCUCUCGCUAAACUUUAUACGGCAAAGCAGGCUAUCGCUGUGACUUCGGAAGGCUUGGAGUGUUUCGGAGGACAGGGUGUCAUGGAAGACACAGGACUGCCUGUUAUUCUUCGGGAUGCCCAGAUACAUUCAAUCUGGGAGGGAACCACCAACGUCCUGUCCCUGGAUGUUCUGCGCUGCAUUCUCAAGAGCCAAGGAAAAGUGCUGGAUGUCUUUUUCUGCACUGCCCAGGCCAAGUUGGAGGCAGCUACCCAGCAGUCCGAACUGCAGGCUUCUGUGCAAAUAAUUCAGAAUAAUCUGCAAAAACUCAAGCAGUUUGUUCGAAGAAUGGACUUAAAGGGAGAAGCUGGCUGGCAGCUGGCAGCGAGAGACUUUGCCUAUACUCUGGCAUGGAUCUAUGAAGGAGUCCUUCUACUGGAGCAUGCCGCCAGGGCUGGCGCAUCAGCCACAAACAUCUACGCUGCUCAGAGGUGGUGUCAGGAGGAUGUCUGCCUUGUGGACAGAGAAGAGAAGGCUGGUUCUUACAAUUCUAAAGCAGCUUCCCUGGAUAAAUCUUUGGUUUAUGAUGGCUAUUCUUCUCUGAGAGGAAAACUGUAGGAAAGCAUCACGAAUGCGAAAGAAGCCAUCUGGUGAAGGACAUGACCUGGAUGAGAAGUGUGUCUGUAUUAUGAUUGUACGUGAGUCUCAAAUUUUCUUUCCAAAACAAGUCCCAUGAAAGGACCCAUGUAGACAAUGUUCCAACAUUAACAUUAAGGACCUCUACUGUACAUUAAAUGGUCAGUUGGCUUCUGAACUCACAAAUUGAGUUUUGAAAUAAUUCUUGAAGGUAGAAACAGUGUCAUCAUUCUACUUUAAAUAUAUAAUUGUAAGCAAUCUUUCCCAUUUCUUGCUCUCUGGAUGUGCUGGACUUCAAUUCUCAUGUCUCAUAGAACAGGUUAUCCACCAGGUAGUAGAAGGAUAACACAUCUGAAAGAGACUGGAACUGGAAAGGUAGUAAGUACUAUUACUGUAAAUCUAUAGUAACAGAAUCUUGCAAACCUGAAUAAGCUUCUCUCUCCCCUCUUGGAGUGAAUCAGGAAGGGACUAGAUUGAGACAUUUUCUCACAUUACCUUUUGGACCCCCUUCUCGAAGACCUUUUUAUCUGGCUUUUGCUUUGAUAAUGCCUCAUCUUCCUGUUCGUUAAAGCAGUCCCCCUCCCUCCCCUGCUCUGUACUGUCAAGCCAUUAAUCCAGGCUCAGCCCAAAUAUGUUCAUGAUCCCUUCCCUGGUUUUUUUCUUCCAAGUAAUAAAUUUGGCAGUUAGUUGUCAUAAUUAGUAAACUAAUUGCUGGCAGCCUUUGAAACUCCUCUCUUCUAUUUAGCAUUAUAGCUAAAGAUACAACAGAGCACAUUGUAAUGAAGCAUUUAA